CACCCUCCCCAACUGUCACUUGCAUGUUGUGGAACUGAAGCUGGUAUCCAUAUUGGACGCUAAUGAGACCACUUUUGGUGGUUUCGCUUGUUUCGGAGCUGCACCCACAGCAAGCCAUGUGGAUACUUUCGCGAAAAACACCCAGCAAGCACGGACCAAGAGGGCGCAUCAUGGGAUUGCUGAGGAAGACAAAAUAUACAAAACCUGCACCACCCAUAUUAUACAGUCGGGCCGUUUGUUUUAUCUCAGGCGGUGGGCAACAGUUGCACACUCAGAGCCAUGUCCCUAUGUAAACAUCCCUUUUGUAUCCUUCUGUGUGUUCGCCAUCUCCAUGGCAAUCAAGGAGAUUCUGAUUCAGAUGGUCUUCAGCGGUACCAUCUCUGUCAUCUCCACCUACGUAUUAGUGGAUGAAGGGGUGCAGACCUUCAUCCUUUUUCAGGCUGCGAUUUGUGUGAUUGCUGGCGUGAUGUUUUGGCUCGGCCGACCCUUCCCACACAUCAUCGACCGAGAGAAGUCCCCGGAGACGUCUCCAGCGAUGUUCGGCGACGCCUGGCGCUUGGGCUUCGACUUUGGCUGGACGUUCCCCGAACAGGAGGAAGAGGAUGAUCCGACGCCCUUCUUCCUGGACGCGACUUGCGUGAUCUUCGAGGGCCAGGCCCUCCGGGAGCUGGUGGACUAUCGCGGGGCGCACGGCGUGCGAUGGGUCAUGAACGGCGUGUUGGACUAUAGAGGCUAUUGGGUUGGUCAGAUCCCAAUUGGCGAUGCCACUGGAGGCGCCGUGCAGCAUGCUGGAGGUGAUGUGAACUACACUGCUCGAGAAGGGAAGACUUCAAUGGAGGUGCAGUUCAACGAGUUGCCCCUGGGGGUGAGCGACGUGUUCUUGGUCCUCUCCAGCCCUUCCCUGCCGAUCUCGUCUUUCAGCGAUAUCACCAUGCAGGUGAAGGACGUGAGGCAUGAGGGGCACAAUGUCUCAGAUGUUUUCGAGCUGACGCCAUCAGUGGAGAAGGACACGGCGCUCAUCGCAUGCCGCUGCUCACGCUCCGUGGAGAAGACCCAGUGGGGCGAGGGCAUUUGGACAUUGGAGAUGAUCAGCUCGUCCAGUGGGGGUCAGGCGAUGGACUACCGUCCGGUGCUGCAAACACUCUAUGCCAUUCAAGCAGCCACGCGUGUGACCAGGCAAUUGCAGUGGCCCUACAAAGGAGGACGCAAUGCGUCCAACGGAGAGGAGAGUAAGACUCUGAAGUUGGGGCGCAAGAUGCCAUUGAGGAUGGAUGGCAUCGAAAGUGCUGAUGCUGUCAUGGUGAAAGGAGGCUCACCGCAGGCGUCCCCACGGGGUGGCAGCAUCCAGCUGCCGAGCAUCGCUUCAAAGACUCCUCGCUCUGGGAGCAGGAGGAGUAAGGAUUCAAGCAAUGAGGAGGGAACUCGAAGUCUUCCAUUGACGGCACGAGGUGUUGAUGCGGCGCGUACGAUGAGUUGA